AUGUCCUCAGGGAACACGCCAAGAACACGCCGAUGGCCUUUGGCAGCAGUGGGACUGCUGCUGCUGCUGCUAAUCGGCUCUGCCAACAACAGGGUGUCGGCGUUGCUGCAGCUAGACCAAGUGCCGAACAGGACUACCAACGAGAGGAGCGCCACGUUCACGUACGUCUGCACGCCGCUGGACACCACCGAGGAUGACGGGUGCGACGUCGAGUGGUCGCUGGAUUCGGCCGUAUGGGUGCCGGUGGCACUGUCGGCGAACGCGUCGGUUACGGUGGAAGACCUUCUCGACGGCGUCCACUCUCUCUCCCUCAAGAACGACUACACUGCCGACGGACGCUCCGAAACAGAGAGCGUGGAUUACACCUGGACCGUCGACACCGUACCCCCCGACACGAUCGUGGACACCGGGCCGAGCCAAGAUGGAGAGGCCCCCAGACCCGAAGAGGCAGAUCCCUUCCUUUUCUUCACCUUCCACUGCAGCGAGGACCUGUGCCGCUACCGAUACCAGUUCGAUAACCGCGUCGAGCUGACGGCGACGUGGGACGUGGCGGACGGCAUCGGCCUGAUGGGACAGGUGUCGGUGACCUCCGUGCAGCAGGCUAGCGGCAGCGGUAGCGGCGGUGGGACCGGCGAUGAGGAAGACGGGUCCGGGAAGCUGCAGAUCAGCGUCUUCCUGACCGCAGCCAGCAGCUACAGCGACCCCGACGACCCGCAGCUCAUGCCUUCCACGGUGUCCAUCUUCAACACCGGAGGCGCGGUCCCUUCUAGCGCGGGAGGCACCGACGGGGCUGGCGUCGUUGGCAGCAGCAACAGCGAUAGUGAUGGAGAAGAAGCUGCUACAGGGGGAGGGGAGGAAGGAGCCCUCGUGGUGUUGGUGCUCGGUUCUCCGGAGGUGGACAGCGGUACGGGUGACACGGUGUUCUCGCUCUCGGCGGAGGUGGAGGUGCCAGACCUUAUCGGGCUUAACUCGACAUCAUUGGUGGUGGAGGUUUCAACAAACUCCUCCGUACUCCUGGCAUCGGCAGCGCUCGAAGAGGCCAUCACCAGCAAGGAAUGGCUGCGUUGGCCGUACGCCUCGGAGCUGCCUGGAUCGCACACGGUGGCGAUCGCGGCGGUAGACGAGGCCGGCAACGUGGACCCCGAGCCGGCGGUGUGGACGUGGUCCGUCGACGCGCGGCCAAGGACGUCCCUCACCAGCGCCCCACAGGCGGUGACGGCCGUGGACACGGCUUUCUUCUCGUUCGCGUGCGCGCUCCCGGAGUCGGAGGCGACGCCUUCCGCCUCCUCGGGGGUAAACCUCCUCUCGAGCAGCGACGACGACGAUAGCGUCCAAAGCGCUAUUACUGGCGGCGGCGAGGACGGUGACGAUGAAACCGCCGUUGAGACAGCGCCCGCGCCAGCAGCCGACGACGACGAAGCAGAGGCAGGGGUGGACGAGAACAACGAGACGGCGGUCGACGACGGCGGGGUGUGGGAGGUCCACGAGGGCGGGGCGUGCGUCUUCUUCUUCUCGCUGGACGGCGGCAACUACUCGGCGGUGGAGCCGCCGGCGGCGGCGGCGGGGGCGGGGGAGUCCUCGUCCAUGUCGUCGUCCUCGUCGUCCUCGUCGUCGGUGGCGCCGAGCAGUAACACGCUGCUGUUGACGGGGCUAGCCGACGGGGCGCACGAGCUUAGUGUGUACGCGUGCAAGGCGAACAGCACCGAGUGCGACCCUCAGCCGCUAAGCCAUUCCUGGGAGACUGACACGUCGCUGCCGGUGACGACCAUCCUCUCCUUCCCCGACAAGCUCAUGCCGUCCGUGUUCACCUUCGGGUCGAGCAAGCCCCUGUCGCGGUUCAUGUGCAAGGUGGACAGCGGCCUAUGGCGCCAGUGCGACGAGACUUCCCAGUUCCCCCUCAGCGACGGCCUCCACAGCGUCGUCGUCAUGGCCGUCGAUCCCACCGGCCGCUCGGACCCGAACCCCAUCACCUACAACUGGGAGGUGAGCAUGCUGGAAACGGUCGUGGAGUUCUGCCCGCCGAGCCACCUGCCGUUCCAGGCGGCGGAGACGCAGCAGGUCCUCCUGGGCGCGUCGUACGACGGGGUGGCCUGCGCGCCGGCCAUGUCCUGCCAGAUCCGCUACGUCCUCCAGUGGGAGGCCCCCGUGCCGGCGUCCUCGGCUGCGGACUGCGUCGCCCCCCCGUCCCCGGCCCCGACCGCCGCCCCGGUGCCCCCGUGGUCCUUGUCGCCGACGCGGGAGGGCGUGGAUGAUGACGACAAGGCCGGCGGCGGCGGCGGCGGCGGGAGUGGUGCAUCGAGUGGCGGCGGGGAGAGCGGUGGUGGCGAUGAUGAUGGUGGCGGCGGGGGCGGUCUCGCGACCCCGGGCCCGACCGGCGGGGGUACCGACGACGACGGAGGCGGGGGCGGUGAUGGCGGCGGGUCCGCCCCCGGGCAGAACUACCUCUCCCGGUCGGUGGUGCUGUGCGCGGAGGCUUGGGCUAACUGCUCGACGUUGGCGGCGAACGCUAGCUACAGCUACCAGCAGCCGACGUCUUCCGGCGAGGGCGGGUGCACUAAGCUCGAGACCCUCGAAGGACAGGUGGGGCACAGCCACGGCACCCUGGUGAUGCAAAACCUGGGCGUGGGGGACUACAACCUCACGCUCGAGGCGUUCAACGUUUUCGGGGUGGUCGACCGCAGCCCCGUCGUGUGUCCCUUCCGGGUGCUGGCGGAGGGGGAAUCCGUCAAUCAGACGCAGAUCGUCAUGGUGCGCACGCCCGCCAAGGUGCUCAACCGCCCGGAACAGGCGCCGUUUCUGUUCGAGUUCGAGGUGGAAGACGUCCUUGCUGCUGCCGAUAUUUCUGCGAACACGUCGACGUCGUCAUCAUCAUCAUCAUCAUCACCCGCCACCACCACCAACCAAACGGAGUCGGCAACAGUCGAUUCUUCCGCGACCUCCUCCUCCUCCUCUGCCGCUGACGCGGCGGCCAGGCUGUCAUACCUCCUCUCGGGCCCCGGGGCCGGCGACGCGUGGGAGGCCGUGCCGGCGGUGCCGAGGGCCGAGUGGGACGCUCUCUUGCUGCUGGCCGGGGACAACAACGGCACCUCGUCCAUCUCUUCUUCUUCUUCGUCGUCUUCGUCGUCUUCCGCCGGAGGUGGUGGCGAUAGCGGGGGUUUCGUGUGGGGGCUGGAGCUGGAGGGGUUGGAAGAUGGAGAGUACCGCCUGCAGGUGCGAGACGAAAUCCUCGGAGACACGGCGGAGUACACGUGGAGGGUGGACAUGUCGGUGCCCGAGCUUUCCCUCGACGCCAUGCCCCAGAACCCAUCGCACAGCGCGGAGGCGAUCUUCGUGCUGCGAUGCUCGAAGCUGUCGUGCGGCCUGGAGUACCAGCUCAACGACGACGGCGUGUGGCGCCUGUGGGUCGCCGCCGCGGCGGAGGUGGAGCACACCCACAGCUCCAGGGCCCCCACCCCCGCUCCCGCGGUGGCCCACAUGUUGGGGUCGGGGUCGGACGACGAGGGGGGAGGGGCGGGUGCGGACAGCGGUGACGGCGGGUCCGAUGAGGCGGGUGAUGACGAGGGGGACGGCGGAGAGGAACCGGCAGAGGACGGGGGGGAGGAGGAGGAGGAGAAUGACACGGUGUUUGUUAGGAUCACUGCGCAGCAGGUCGAUUGGGAGGUUGACCUCACGAGGCCGGAGACACGGGUGGUGAGCCGGCCGAGCCCCGUGAUGACAACGGGGGUGGCCGCGUUCCAGUUCGCGUGCUCCCUUGCCGGGGAGGAGCCGUCGCACGGGUGCUUCUACCAGUACCAGAUGAUGGUCGCGAACUCGGAGACGGACUGGGACAGGCUGGAGUGGCUGCCGACGGCGGACUCGGUGACGCUGUACGAGAUAGGGGAGGGCGUCAACAGGAUUCGGGUGCGGGCGCACGACUCUGAGACGGAGCUGUACGACCUUUCGCCGGCGGAGGUUGUUUGGGUGCGGGACGCUACACCGCCCCAGCUGGACUGGCUGUGGACGCCGGAGGAGGUGUCCCAUCUCUCGAACGCCCUGUUCGAGUUCACGUGCCUCGGAGAGCUUCCCCUGCCGGCGACCGUCUUCGGAGACGAGGCGGACCCCGAGGAACCGGUCGAUAUGGGCCAAGGGGAGCAGGAGGACCAAGCCAGCUCCUCCUCCUCCUCCUCCUCGUCAUCUCCUUGGUUGCGCUCAUCAUCAUCAUCAACAUCGGGCAGCGGCACGCAUUCUGAACCCGUGGCCAUCAGGGACGACGAUGAUGCUUCGGCGGUUGGGGCCGCCGCCAUCGCCGCCGCCUACCCCACGGCGUUCCCCCGCGUGCUGCCCAGCGGGUGCGCGUUCGAGGCGAGCCUGGAUGGGGCGGAUUUCGAGGCCGUGCCGAACACCGUGGGACUGUCGGGACUGUCGAACGGCGACCACCGCUUUUCCGUCAGGGCUAGCGACCUUGCGGGCAACGUGGCAGCUACUUCAUACUUCGAUUGGACCGUUGACACCAACGUCCCAGACACGGUGGUCGUAGCGUGCCCGUCGAGCGUGGCUUCCUCUCCUAUGGCCACCUUCAAGAUCCUCGACACCGUGGGGGCGGAACAGGACGAGGGGCACUUCGAAUACAGACUGGACCCCUUGGACGACGACGCCGCUUGGGCCACCACGUCCAACACCACCCUCGAGUUCUUGGGGCUGCAAGACGGCACGCACGCGCUGACAGUGAGGGCUCGCGAGACCCUGGCGGAAGGAGGGAGCAGCGACCAGGUGCCGGAGGUAGUGACCUGGGAGGUGGACACGGAGUGCCCGGACACGACCUUCGUCGUCCUGCCGGAGGUCGUGACCCACCUCACCAGCACGGUGCUCGUGGUGGAGGGGGGUCCGGACGCGGCCUCCUUCGAGUACGCUCUCGACCCGAUCGAGACCAACACCAACACCGAUAACGACCACGACGAUGAUGACGAUGGUGAUGACGAUGCCGAGGAGGCCGGCAGCAGCGGUGGCGUGUCGAGCGGGGGCAGCAGUGGCGGGGGUGGGACGGCGGCGAGUCGUGAUUCUUCUUCUAGGUCGUCGUCGUCGUCGUCAUCGUCGUCGACGACUUCGGGCGGGGAGGGGGAGGGGGAGGAGGCCGGGGUGGUGUGGCAGCAGGGAGAUAGCUCGGGCGUGAUACAUCUCUACGACUUGGAGGAGGGACGGCACGAGAUCAGGGUGAGGGCUGUGGAUUCGGCGGGCAAUGCGGACCCUUCCCCGGCCACGUACAGCUGGAUCGUCGACAGAGCGGGUGUGUACGGGCACCCGAGCAUGGUCACCGACGUUGUGGCAGAGGGCGGCAACAAGCAGGCGAUCGUGCAGUGGUCCGCCGCUGCCGACGACGGCGGCGGAGACCUGACCAAGUACGUCGUCAUCGCCUCCACCGCCUACGCCGACAUCAACGUCGAGGCUACCGUGGAAGGGCUGACGAACGGCCUGGUGUACAGCUUCCAGGUGGUGGCCGCUAAUGCCUUCGGGUACAGCACUCGCAGCCUGCCCUCCAACAAGGUUGUAACGCACGACCCCGCGGACCCUUGCGGCCUGGUGACGUGCGGGGACCACGGGUCGUGCUUCGUGCAGCGCAGUCAGUCCAACGCCCUGAGAGGGUACUGCGUCUGCCACCCAGGGUAUUCGGGCAGCGACUGCUCCGUGGUGGCGUCCGGCACGUCACCCGUCCUUGGCGCGUACCCCGGUUCUUGGGGGGAGUGCGACAUGAAGUGCGGCGGGGGAGUGAGGCGCCGCACGGUGCAGUGCCUCGAGUUCCUCGACGGCAUCCCCCUGAUGCCCUCGGCCAACGACACGAGCUGCUGGGAGGAGCUGGGGGAGACCCCGGAGAGCCACCUGGCCAUGACGGAGAGGUCCUGUCGGAACGUGGCGUGCCUCGCCAUGUUCCUCGAUGUGACGAUGAGGCUCCGAGCUUUCUACGAUGACGCUUGCUUCACUGUGGCGGCACAGGACGCCUUUCUCUCGGGCUUCGCGGCGGAGGUGGCCCACGCCCUCAACAUCAAGGUCGAGCUCGUGAUCGACCUCAACGCCUUCCACACCGACAAGCACAACGAGAUGGAGGUGCGGUUCAUCAUCGCUCCCGGGCAGACCGGCGCUGACCAGCCCAUCGAGAACCUUCGGGAGCAGCUUCUUCUACAGGCGGCUUCGGAGACGAGCUCGUUCCGGUCGCACGGCACGUGGACCCGUAAGCUCAUCCCGGAGUCGGUGGAGGUGUCCCAGGGCACUUACGAGCUGCCCUCCCUCAACGUGACCGGCAUCGCGUCCGACCUGGUGAUGAUCCUCAUGGGGGUGGGCACCUCGUGCUUGGCCGUGGCGGUGUACGGGGCCUGCUCUUCCCGGAAGAGCAAAAAGUGGGAGACCGUCUACGACGGGGAGUACGGCGACGACGACAGCACGGGAACAUCCCCCAGCGGCGAGGGAGGGCGCGGUAGCGGCCGCCGCAGGUUCCACGGCAACACCGGCGGCAAUCGGUUGGACGGCGACGGCAGCGGCGCCGCCGGUGGAACCGGAAGAGGAGGCGGCGGCGGCGACGGCGACGGCAGGGGCUGCGUCCGCCGAAACCGUCGGUGGUUCGAGCUCGAUGACGACUCGGAAGACUACGACAGCGAGGACGAGGACGACGAGGAGUGGGACGACGAGGACGAGACCAGCCCGUUCUUCGGCAGGCGACGACAAAGGCGAAGGCGACGAGGAGGCGCCGGCUUCGUGUAG